AUGGGCAUAGAGACGCUUCCCGAUGUCGAGGAAUCGACGGAGCCUCCUAUAUGUGGCUUUACAAAGUCCAUUUCCAAUCCACAUGCAGCUACAACUGCAACUGCCAGCUUAAACUCUCAGCCGUGCGCCCCCAUCGAGAAGUCCACACCUGCACCUGACCAUAGUCUGCCUCCCACAAAUGCCCAGGGUACCUGGCCCGAUCCUCUCGAAACACCUAGUGACCAAGCCAAAAAUGCCCAUCUCGUGGAGCCUCCCGACUUUGCCGCUCUUCUCCAGACGGACUUACACCUCCCCUCUAGCAAUGGAAUUUCCGAUAGCCAAGCGGGACUUCGUCUCAAGAGGGAUGGACCAAACGCGGUUCGCGAAAUCAAGGGCGUCUCCGUCUGGGGGAUACUGCUAAGACAGGUUUCGAACAGCCUGACCAUAGUUCUACUUAUCACCAUGGCUCUGUCCUUUGGAAUCAAUGAUUACAUUGAAGGAGGUGUCAUCACAGCUGUCAUUCUCUUGAACAUAAUCGUCGGGUUUUUCCAAGAUUACCGCGCCGAGAUGACCAUUCUAUCCCUGAACCGCCUCUCUGCCCCUAUAUGCAAAGUGAUCCGCGAUGGCCGAGUGACUUCUGUCAAGGCUGAAUCGUUGGUGGUCGGAGAUAUAGUUCGAUUGGCAGUAGGUGAUAUCGUGCCUGCAGAUCUCCGGUUGUUCGACGGCAUGAAUGCAUCCAUGGACGAAGCCCUUUUGACGGGCGAGUCUCUCCCAGUUCUCAAAACGCCGCAUACGACGUUCACAUCCCCAGACAUUCCUAUCGGCGACCGUACCAAUAUGGCAUAUUCAGGCUGUAGUACGACGCAAGGCCGAGCCACUGGAAUUGUCGUUGCAAUAGGCAUGGGAACGGAGGUGGGCAAAAUUGCAGAACUGCUCCGAGACCAAGACACAAGUGUCAAUCGGAGUUCUCUUGCACGUUUUAUUCAGCGCUUCAAGUCAUCAAUGGCGAACAUCUUGGGCUUGGUUGGCACUCCGCUGCAAAUCAAGCUGAGCAAGUUUGCACUUCUCCUUUUUGCUCUAGCCAUUCUGUUAGCCAUCAUCGUAUUUUCGGUUAAUCUUUGGGAUGUUCAGGGCGAAGUUCUCAUUUACGGAAUUUGUGUCGCAGUUGCUGUCAUUCCCGAGUCUUUGAUCGCAGUACUCACCAUUACCAUUGCGGUCGGUACCAAGGCGAUGGCUAGUGGCAAUGUCAUUGUCCGGAAACUCCAAUGCCUCGAGGCUGUGGGUGGUGUCACAAAUAUUUGCUCUGACAAAACCGGUACCUUGACACAAGGGAAAAUGAUCGCUCGUUCAGCAUGGAUCCCAGGCGCCGGGACUUUGGCCGUUCACCAGACAACUGACCCAUAUGACCCUACCAGCGGUCUUACUCAAAUGGAUGAGAUCGACUGGGAUUCAAAUAACCCGAUCGAACAAAACCCCGCAUUGCACAUCUUUCUUUCCGCCCUGGCCCUUUGUAAUCUCUCAGUUGUGCACCAUGAGAACGAUAUCUGGACUGCAAUUGGCGAGCCAACUGAAAUUGCCCUUCACGUCUUAGCUAUGCGAUUUGAAUUUGGCAGAAAGCAAGUGACUGAAAGACAAAAGAUCGAAUUAUACACAGAAUAUCCCUUUGAUUCAACUAUCAAGAAGAUGUCUGUCGUUUACCGAAAUCCUGCCGAGGGAGUGUAUGAGAUAUACACCAAAGGAGCACCCGAGACUAUCAUACCAGCACUUUCAAUAAGUGCAGGGGAAGCACAGACCAUACAAGAAGCAGCAGAUAGAAUGGCCGGGGAAGGUCUCCGUGUCCUGUGCAUUGCCUACAAAAAGACCUCGAUUGAACGGGAGGACCAAGUGUCCACACGCAGCACUGCUGAAUCAAACCUUCAAUUCGGAGGUCUCGUAGGGCUCUAUGAUCCCCCGCGCGUCGAAACAGCAGGUGCUGUGCGCAAGUGCCAGAUGGCAGGGAUCACAGUACACAUGCUCACUGGUGAUCACAUCAAGACAGCCACGGCUAUUGCAUCCGAGGUCGGCAUUCUCGAUCGUGUCACCGCGAUGGUGAAACCAGGAAACUUGGUCAUGGCUGCAGAUGAAUUCGACAAAUUGUCUGAUAGUGAAAUUGAUGAAAUUGAGGAACUACCUCUUGUUAUCGCUCGCUGUAGCCCUGCAACCAAGGUUCGCAUGGUGGAGGCAAUGCAUCGUCGUCAAGCCUUUUGUGUCAUGACUGGCGAUGGUGUCAAUGACUCCCCGGCUCUCAAAAGAGCCGAUGUCGGUAUAGCAAUGGGGAAAAAUGGGAGCGAUGUUGCCAAAGAAGCCGCCGAUAUGGUUCUUACAGAUGAUAAUUUCUCAUCCAUUGUCAAGGCCGUUGAGGAGGGUAGAAGGCUUUUCGAUAAUAUCCAAAAGGUAUAUUCACCCAUGCCAGUCAACUAUGGCGAGGUUGUUUCUAACAUUGAAAAGUUUCUCAUGCAUCUUCUCGUCUCCAACAUCGCCCAAGUAAUUCUUCUUCUGGUUGCCCUUGCCUUCAAAGACGCUGGAGGAGACUCCGUCUUUCCACUGUCUCCACUCGAAAUUCUCUGGGCCAACCUAGUCACAUCUUCAUUCCUAGCCGUUGGUCUUGGUCUCGAAGAGGCCCAGCCUGAUAUCAUGUAUCGCCCGCCUCACGAUUUACGCGUCGGAGUCUUCACGCGCGAGUUAAUCGUGGACAAAAUGAUUUACGGCACAUUCAUGGGCUCGCUCUGCCUAGUAGCAUUCGUAUGUGUCAUAUAUGCUGCCGGCACCGGGACAUCAGAUCUAGGCGAUGGGUGCAAUCAGGGAUACAACUCAUCUUGCGACGCCGUUUUCCGAGCGCGCGCUACGACAUACGCGACAUUGACCUUCUUGCUGCUUGUGACAGCUUGGGAGGUCAAGCAUUUCUCACGCUCUUUAUUCAACAUGGACCCUAUUCGAUUUCCGCAGAAGUUUUCCAUUAUCCCUACGGUCUGGCAGAACCGGUUCCUUUUCUGGGCGGUUAUGGCUGGGUUCAUCAUUGCCUUUCCCGUUAUCUAUCUUCCAGUGAUAAACCAACUUGUGUUCAAGCAUCAUGCCAUUACCUGGGAAUGGGGUGUUGUGAUUGGUUGCACGGUUGUGUAUCUUGGCUGCGUAGAGAGUUGGAAGGCGGUUAAACGAGCUUUUGGCAUUGGGAGUGGGAAGAAUAACAUCCUCACUUUAGAUAAUGCGGAGAUGGGGGCGGGCUUGGGUUCCACGCCAAUGUCAAUGAGUGCCAAUGCGAGCAUUGAAAUGAAGUGA